UAAAACGACGUCGUCCCAUCCGUCCGGGUGGUGCGAAGGCAAACAGUACCUCUGGAACUGGAAGGGUUUAUCAUUUCAAGGUUUAAACUUCAAACCCCAGAAACCUAAUCUACUUGCUGCUUCUUCUUACAACAAGGCAGAUGCUUUUUCUUCAUCGCUCCGCUCCGAUGCUCCAUUUCUACAAGCUCUCUUCGUCGCCGAAGCUCCUCCUUUCUCAAUUGAGAAGAACUCAUUCGUUUAUCUCUGCCCCGUCACUCUCCUCUUCGUUUCCCAGGUCAUCGACUUCGCUUCGGGUUCAUCUGUUAUGCCUCGUCCAAUCCAACGGUGGAGGAGUUCGGAGCUUAGCUACAGCAGCCGCCGUUUCAACCGCCGCGGAUCGUGGCGGCGUGGAGACUUUCUUCGCCGAUGAAGGCGUUUCGUGGACUGCUCUCGGCUUGUCAGACACAAUCUCUCAAGCUCUAUCUAAUGCCGGAUUCAACCGUCCGUCUCUUGUUCAGGCCGAGUCCAUUCCGUCGAUUCUUUCCGGGAAGGAUUCGAUCAUUGCGGCGGAGACUGGAAGUGGGAAAACGCAUUCCUAUCUAGUUCCUCUGAUUCACAAGCUAUCCGCUGCUAGUGGCGGCGCUGUUAGUGGUUCUGCUUCUGAUAAGGGUUUCAAACCUUCCCGUGAAGUUUCUCUUGUUCUUUGCCCCAACGUCUUACUAUGCGAACAAGUGGUUCGAAUGGCGAAUGGUCUUCGUGAUGGCAAUGGCGACCCACUUAUCAAAGUUGCAGCAGUUUGUGGGAGGCAGGGAUGGCCAGUUUAUCAACCAGAUAUCCUUGUAUCCACUCCAGCUGCCCUUCUGAACAACAUUGAACCAAAGAAACAACGAAAGAUGAGCUUCCUUCGUGGAGUCAAAUAUGUGGUUUUUGAUGAAGCAGACAUGCUUCUCUGUGGCAGUUUCCAGAAUCAAGUGAUCCGUCUCAUAAACAUGUUUCGUCAUGAUGAAAAGCUUCUUUCCUGGACAGGUCAACCAACAGCCGAUAAUGCUUCUGAAUUGGACUUGGAGUCUCUGCCUCAGGAUGCCUUGGAACAGGAUGAAGAAGCUCAAGACGAUUCAUCACCAGCUGACGAUGAAGAAAUCGAAAGUCUUUCUGAAGAGGAAGAGUUGGAAGAGACAAAUGAAGCUGAUGGUUCAGUCCAGAAAAGGGGUUGGAGGAGAGUUCUAAGACCCUAUGACCGAAGCAAGCAGUACAUCUUUGUGGCAGCUACUCUUCCCGCUAAUGGAAAGAGAACUGCUGGUGCAGUGUUGAAACGGAUGUUCCCAGAGGCUAACUGGGUCAGUGGAAGCUACCUUCACCGCCAUAACCCCAGAUUGGAACGAAAGUGGUUUGAGGUUACUGUAGAUAGCCAGGUGGAUGCACUUAUAGAGGCUGUGAAACACGGAGCUGAAUCUGAAACGUCUGGUGAUGAUGAUGUUAGUCGAACUAUGGUAUUUGCAAAUACUGUUGAGGCUGUUGAGGCAGUAGCUAAGAUAUUGGAAAGAGCUGGAAUCGAGUGUUACCGGUACCAUAAGGACGCCUCUUUAGAAGAACGCGCUGGAAUGAUUGAUGAUUUCAGGGAGAAAGGUGGAAUAUUUGUGUGCACUGAUGCUGCUGCUCGUGGGGUUGACAUUCCAAAUAUCUCGCACGUCAUUCAGGCAGACUUUGCAACAUCAGCUGUAGAUUUCCUGCAUAGGGUUGGCCGUACAGGUCGAGCUGGUCAACACGGGAUUGUUACUAGCCUGUUCACCGAGUCCAAUCGAGAUCUUGUUUCUGCAAUUCGUGAAGCAGAGGAAUUGGGACGUCCAGUGGAGACUGCAUUUAGCAGGAAAAGAGGAUUCAGGAACAAACUCAAGAAGAGAGGCAAACUUCAACUCAUGUCGCAGUGAGCUUUUUAAUGCAAGGAAAGCAAACAUCAGAUUGCAACCAUGAGGUACUUGUGAAGGUGUUAGCCAACCAAUGUACGAUGAUGUUUCUCCUGAUUCACAAAUCAUUAGCGGGCACAAAAGGAACAAGUCGAACUGCAGAAUUGGCUUGCUGCCUAAAAGGAAAUCUUGGUAUUUAACUCUUCAGUGAUCUUUCAUAUUUCCUUCCCAUCAUUACCAUGUAAAUUUUAUUGUAUCCUUGUAUGAUUCGAAUUUCGAAUGAUCACUAUAUGGAAGCAACUUCAUAACAAAGUUGUUGAUUUCUCGGUCC